AUGCCAAAGAAGGGAAAGAAGAAGACCAAAUCCAAAAAUUCUCCCGCAAAUACUCGGGAUAAUCGAACGCCCGAUUUAGACCAAGCAAACACAGCAGAUAAAGAUGUGAAAACUCACGUCCAAGCGCAUGACCAAGAUCCGGACCCCCCGAGGAACCGAGACCGCAGCCCGAGCCACAAAUCAGAUUAUGCUCCCGGGGCGUUCGAUGAGAACGAUGAAUCCGACAAAACAGACGACGAUGCAUCUAUGCAUGAAGCGCCAGCCGAGGAUAAACCUCAUCAUGUUGGUCAGUGGACCAAAGAUGUGAUCCGAGAGGAGACGAACAAACACUCGGAGCAUAUAAUUCAAGUGUUCUUCACCUCCGACUCGCCUGAAUACGACAGCUGCGAAAAAUUCUUUGAGAAUCUCAAUGAACGUAUUCGUGCUGCCAACCGGGCGCAUGAUGUUGUCAACAUUGACAACGGAACAAUAAAUCCUCGGUAUUACAAUGACACGUGCCGGACGUGGCAUAAUCAGUUUCUGUCAGCGAAAGAAAAAGGGAAUACGGAAGAGGGUUGGCGAGCAUUCCACACAACCUUCGAUCUUAUCAAACUUUUCAACAGGAGACAUCACCUUCCGAAGAACUGGAAUAUUAGCUCGGUAUGGGCUGAGAAAGCAAUUGGAUCGCCAAAUCCCAGAGCGGAAACAGAGGCAGAUUCGUCUGAUGGCGAUGAUCAAACCGAUUCUGCGGCUCGAGAUUCAGGUUCUGAGUCACAAUCUGAUGACGAAAGUAACCAGAUCGGGGGUCUUGAUGCCUUGGAAGCCAGAACGCAGAAAGAACAGCGGCGACUGAAAACCGGCAAGGUUUUGUACUGGUGGCCCAAGGGUACAGGUUCCCAAAUCUUCGUUCGCUACGGAGAUCGAUCAGCGCCAAUAUACCGCAUUCGAGCUGGCUCUCACGAAUAUUAUAACCCAAGUCAAGUGGAACGGUUCUUGCCUACGAAAACUCGUGGCAACCAACAAUAUAUGUAUGGAGACGAAAUGUAUUGGAAGUUCGACCGAAAGAAUGUGGUUGAUAUACUCGGGGUUGGUUGGAAGGUCGAAGGUGACGACGAAAGCGGCAUGGAUGCACUGGACUUGCUCUGGCCGGAGGCAGGUGCAGCGUAUCCGCAGACCCGGACUCUGGUGCAAUGGAGAGAUAAGGUUGUUACGCUUGAGGGGAGGGCGUUUAUUCGGCGAAUCAGUACUGGGUCCGUAUUAGACGGAGAUCGCCUGAUCUAUCAAAAAGCACGAGAGCUUGAGCACGCCUAUCGUGCUAUACACGGAAUGGAUGAAGAUGAAAUUCCGUCGGAGGAAGACAGCAUACCCCGUCCGAUCCGUGGUAGCCGACGCCAUAUUCACUUUGAGGACAACAUCAGCGAAGAAACCAAUACGGAAAGCGAUUCAUCCUUGGCCUUCAACGGGCGCUCGAGAAAUUCUGCACCUGCCUUUUCGAGGCAUCACAGACCUCCACAGCGAAGAUCUAAGCCCCCCACUAGGCAGUCUGCUCCUACCCCUUCUAGACGUUACCAAAAAUCGUCUAAAACCAGCUUUCGAGAUACGGAAAUCCAAAAGCUUGAACAGAAACUGGAGAAACUGAAGAUGCAAGAUCGACAAUCCCGGAGAUCCCACUCAUCUUAUAUUUGA